UUAUUAGAUAACACAUUAGCAACGGCCACCAAGCGCACCGAAAUGUUCAUUAAAAGGCUGUGAAAGUCUCAAAGCAUUUAUUACGGUCCGCGUUGGACACGCAUCAUCCGUGGUCACGUGAUCAGGGACCGGGAGAGGAGGCGGAGCUUUCCGUUGGUUGACUUGCUUGUCAAUCAAAGUGUUCUUCUCUGCUAUUGGCUGCCGAGCUUAAAGGCCCCACACAAAGUGUCAUCAGUGGACUUGAGCUGAACUUCUAUCCUUCCAGCGGCGCUGUGCUCAGCCUAAGUGCUCAAGCCUGGACUCUGACAAGCACAUGAAGGGGAGAAAACAUUAAAAGAGGAGGCGGGAGGAUGUCAGUGGAGGUGGACGUGUUGCUGCAGGAGGCCAAGGAGAGCAUCGAGGCAGCUCAGAACUAUCGCAGUGAGCUCCAGCAGCGCUUGCAUGGCCUCAACCAGGCGCGCAAACAGGUGCGGGGCAGCUCCGGUCAGGCCCGCGAGGCCCUCCGAAGGCACUUCGCAGAACUACAAGCGGCGGCGACCGGUCUGCUGUCGGAGCGACUGAGCGCCUUGCUGUCCGAGGUGGAUGCCGUGGAGGCGGACAGCAUCAAGCCUCUGGACGACUGCCAGAGCCUCAUCGAGCAUGGCGUGAGCCAGGCGGACGAGCUCCUACGAGACGGUGAAGCCGCCCUGCGCUGUGGUCUCGGCGAGAAAGAGGACAAACUGGGAAGCUUCACAAAGAAGGCCAUGCACAUCCAGUUGGACAGCCUCCCUGAGGUUCCGGCUCUGGUGGACGUUCCGUGCGUCUCAGCCCAGCUGGAUGACUCCCUGCUAGGCCUCCUGCGGGAGCGCGUGUGCCGUCACGGCUCUGUGGCGUCCCACCCGCCUGUGCUGAUAGAAGAACUGCAGGAGAGGCCGGGCAGCAUCCUGGUGCGCUGGUGUAAGGUGGAUGAAGACUUCGCCGCCGCUGAUUAUCGGCUGCAGCACCGGCGAGCCGGCAACGGGGGGAGCCAGUACGAAGACGCCUACAUCGGUCGGGACUGUGACUUCCUGGUCCUGCACCUGGACGCUCACACGGACUACUUGUUCAGGGUGUGCGCCCGCGGGGAGGGUCGCACCGAGUGGAGCCCCUGGAGCAUCCCGCAGACUGGAUACACCACCCUGGCGCCACACGAGUGGAGUCCUGGCACUGAGGGCUACAUCCUGGGCAGCAGGAGGAACGUGGCCUUGAGGAAUGACUCCUCCCAAUCUGGCUGCCCCGUCCUCUAUUCCAACGCACCCACCUACUUCUGUGGCCUCACACUCACCUUCAAAAUUACGGCAUCAGGCCACCCAGAUCGGAGGGACAGUCUGGGCGUGUGCGUGGAUGGCAGAGGAGCAGGGGGUCAAAGGUCACUCCAGAGCGACAAGGCGGUCUGCAUCUCCACCAACGGCGCCGUCUUCGUGAACGGCAAAGAGAUGACCAAUCAGCUUCCCGCCAUCAGCCUGGGCUCGGCCGUGACCUUUGACAUGGAGGUGGUGGGCGUGCUCCCGGUCAACAACAACAACGUGAUCGAGGGCGGCGGCUUCAAGCUGAGGGUCACCAUCGGCUCAGGUAGCAGGGAGGUGGUGUUUGAUUGGCUGCUGGAGCAGGCGGUGGACGGCCUCUUCUUCGGAUGCUCCUUCGUCCACUCGGGGUGGAAAGUUCUCGUCUUUUAACUUUUCUUUUGUCUCUUUCUACUUCUCAAUGUCAAGCGUGAGGCUUUUUCACUUCUCACGUCUGCAGGACUCUCACUCACAUUUCCCUCCAUAGUGAUGAUGACAUCAUAGACCCCGAUUCUU